AUGUUGAAACUGGGCAUAAGCAAUGACCAGAUAGACCACAGUUAUAACCCACUUAAUGACAUUUUUAACGUAGAUUUUAAUGACUAUGAACAAUCAAAUUGCAAAACAGCCUUUAUUCGAGAACCUUUUUGGUCACCAAAAAAGAACAUUUCUUCUGAAUUAAUAGCUGCAUUUGAACAAAUGGAAAAAUAUAGUGCGUAA